AUGGUGUGCACCGGUGGAAGAGGAAGGCGUGGAACUGCAGCUACUGUGAAGUCUACGCCACUAUUGACGAAAGUGGAAGCACGCCAUAAUCUCUAUUUACGGAAAGCGGUAAUUAGACGCAAAAAACCAUUACAGAAGCAUUUGCUUCUUAUGCAACAUCUCCUAUAUUACUAUGGCAGUCAACUGACAGUUCAUGAAAAAGAACUUGCUAGGGAGAAAAGAAAGGUUCGGAAGGAAAAGCUCGAUGCUAAGAGGGCAUUACAACAUCGGUUGCUAUUUGAUGAAGCGAUAUCAUUGGAAUCAAGUUACGACGACAACUCAGAUGAGGAUGAGAUGCCUCGGUUUACAGACGUGGAGUUCGAGCAUUCUAUAUGUAAGAUACAAUCUGAUUUUGGAGGACCAGAACAUACUUGCAAGUAUUGUGGUGUUAUACUGUGGCACCAAGAGAGGUCUAAAGGAAGCGUUGUUAACCCCGAAUUUAGCAUAUGCUGUUCUAAAGGGAAUGUCAAACUCCCUCUUCUUAGAGAUGCCCCAGAAUAUCUAAAGAUAUUGUUAGACUUUAAUGGUGGACAAAUGUCAAGGAAGUUUAGGAACUUGAUCCGGGCAUACAACUUUAUGCUUGCAUUUACCUCAACUGGAGCAAGAUUUGAUAACAAACAUAAUAAGAGAGGUAAGGGACCCUGGACGUAUAGAAUUCAGGGUCAAAGCUAUCACAAAAUUGGUUCCCUGGUGCCUCCCAAAAACAAGGAUCCGGGAUACAACCAGCUCUAUAUAUGUGAUACGGAAUUGGCACAUGAAGCUUUGCGUCGGAAGAACGUAUUUUUUAAACAGGCACAACAGGAUGACUUGGGAGUAGAUUGUGCGCGGAAAAAGACAGACCAUGAAUCAAAAUCUUCUAAGAAGAAUGACAGUGAAUUGGACUUGGACGUCAUCACAAAUUUAAUCACUAUGAUGGAUCAACAUAACCCGUAUGCAAAGACAUUCAGGAUGGCUAAGCAUCGAAUGCAAUCCCAACCCGCAGUCGAAUUGCGGUUAAGAAUCAUUAUUCGAUGGCAAAGGGAUGCGAGGAAAUAUAACUUACCAACAUGUUCCGAAGUGGCAGCUUUAAUAGUCCAGACUCCUACAAAUGAUGAUGUGUACAGGGAUAUCAUAGUUGAACAUAAGGAAAAUGGUUAUAUUAGAAUCAAGGAGAUACACCCAUGCUAUAUGCCUAUGAAGUUUCCUAUUUUAUUCCCUCGCGGUGAGGAUGGUUAUAACGUUGAUACUGCAUACAGUAACGUAAAGAUAGGAAAAGAUGGUGUACUCAGAAAGCGGCAACAGCUUACUAUGAGAGAGUAUUAUGCAUUUAGGCUACAUCGGAGACUCGGAGAGGGACAAACUUUGAUCAACGGUGGUCGUCUGUUCCAGCAAUAUUGUGUUGAUGCGUAUGCAUGUAUUGAAGAAUGUCGACUUAAAUGGGUCAGGAAGAACCAAGAACACAUAAGAGCUGAUUUACACUGUGGAUUGAAAGAUUCACUGCUAAACGGAGAUUCAUCUAUAAAAAAAGGGAAGAGAAUUGUGUUGUCAUCAUCAUAUACCGGCGGACCAAGGUAUAUGAUGCAGCACUAUCAAGAUGCCAUUGCAAUUUUUCGACGUAUUGGUGUUCCGGAUCUGUUUAUAACAUUCACUUGCAAUCCCAAAUGGAAGAAAAUUACAAUGGCUCUAACACCAGGUGAUCGACCAGAUAUUGUUGCGAGGGUAUUUAAGCUAAAAAUAAAGCAUUUGAUGGAGGUUCUACGUACAAAAAAACAUUUUGGGAAAGUGAAAGGAGCCAUUUACACUAUUGAAUUUCAGAAAAGGGGGUUGCCGCAUGCCCAUAUAUUAUUAUUUCUGGAAAAGAAGGAUAAACCAGAAACUCCGUCCGAUAUAAACAGAAUUGUCACCGCUGAAAUACCUGACAAGGAGAAGGAUCCUGAUGGUUACCAAGCUGUUGUGAACUACAUGUUGCAUGGACCAUAUGGAGUAUUAAAAGAGGGUUCACCAUGCAUGAAAGACAAAACGUGUUCAAAACAAUACCCAAAAGAGUUCAGUCGCGAUACUAACGUUGACAAAUAUGGGUAUCCAGUUUACAGAAGACACGAUAACGGUAGGACUGCAGUUAAGGAUGGUAUCGAGUUGGAUAAUACGUGGCUGGUGCCUCACAACAGAGACUUGAUCGUGCAGUUUGAUGCACACAUAAAUGUGGAGGUGUGUAAUUCAAGAGGGGAAUUAGUUAAGUACUUAUUCAAGUACAUUAACAAGGUUAAAGAUCGGGUGACAGUUGUAAUCGAGAAAGAUCCAGAACGCAGCGAAGAUUCCGGGGAAGAAGAGGUAUUGAUUGACGAAAUCAAUAACUACUUGGAUUGUCGUUAUAUAUCUGGAGCAGAAGGGUGUUGGAGGAUUUUCGAUUUUGACAUUCAGUACCGUGAUCCAUCCAUUGAGCGUCUUCCUUACCAUUUGGAAGGUGAAUACCAAGUAAUAUUUCGUGAUACAGAUGAAUUAGAAGAUGUCUUAGACAGCCCAAGUGCGAAAUGCACAAAAUUUUUGGAAUGGUUUGAAGCAAAUAAGAAGUAUCCAGAGGAAUGCUACGAGGAACUCAAAACUGUUGGUAAGACUACUCAUGCUACUUUCCGAGACACAUGUGUGGCUCUUGGAUUGCUCUCAGAUGACAGCAUCGAGAAACAAGAGAGAAAGAAAAGACGCAAUUUACAUCUGGAUCUUGAUGAAGCCGAGUUGAAAAAUCUAACCCUAAUUGACAUCGAAGAGAUAAUGGGGAGAAAUAGCAGAACUCUUAAGGAGUUUCCAUCGAUUCCUUUCCCAAAAAAAGAAAAACAAUAUGCUUACAAAAAUAAAUUAAUAGAUGAGGAGCUAGCUUAUGAUACAGAAAAACUACGGAAUGAGCAUAUUAGACUGAAGAAUGGUUUGAAUACGGUUCAGCGAGAAAUAUUUGAUGUUGUUAGCCAGUCAAUUAAAAAAGGGGACGGUGGAUUAUUCUUUGUUUAUGGGAGCGGUGGUACUGGAAAAACUUAUCUUUGGAACACCAUAAUAACCGGCUUGCGUGCAGAAUCCAAAGUUGUCCUGGUUGUUGCAUCAUCGGGGUUGAUAAAAAAAGCUGAAAUAGUAAUCUGGGAUGAAGCACCGAUGAUUCACAGACAUGCUUUUGAAGCUCUAGAACGAACGGUGAAAGAUCUCAUGAAUGAGAGAAAGGACAAGACAAAGGAAAAAGUGUUUGGCGGAAAAACUCUUCUGUUUGGAGGAGACUUUAGACAGAUAUUACCGGUAAUUCGUGGUGGAAGCCGAGAAAAUAUUGUCGAUGCUUCUAUUAGUAGGGCAAGGUUAUGGAAACAUUUCCAUGUAUUUGAGUUGUCUGAGAACAUGCGGUUGUUGAAUGAAAAUUCAAAAGCAAUAGAGGGUGAAGACGAUGAGCCAACUUUGAUUAAGAUACCCGAUGACAUGUUGAUUGAGAGUGGUGAAAAUCCCAUCGAAACUAUAGUUCAGGCCAUUUAUCCUGGACUGCUUGAUAAAAUUGAGGAUCAGGAUUAUCUAAGGAAGGGGUGCAUCUUAACCCCGAAGAAUGACACUGUUGACCAAAUAAAUGACUACGUGGUUUCCAUGCUUCCAGGUAAAGAGCACGUCUUUCUAAGUUCUAAUUCAAUUAGCUCGUACGAUUUUGAAAAUGCAGAGCUGUUAUACAACCAGGAAUAUCUGAAUAGUCAGAAACUAUCAGGAGUACCUAAUCACGUGCUUCGAUUGAAGCUUAAUAUACCAAUAAUGCUUACCAGAAAUAUAAAUCCAAGUGCGGGUCUUUGCAACGGUACAAGACUUAUUGUUACUAGGAUCAUGGCAAGAAUUAUUCAAGUUAAGAUUAUAACUGGAAAUGUUGCUGGUAAGAGUGCUGUAAUUUCAAGAAUAGUCAUACAACCAACAGAGACGCACCUGCCUUUUAUCCUGAGAAGGGUGCAGUUUCCUAUUAAACUCUAUGUUGCAGUCUCCAGAACAACUAGCCGAAGUGGAUUGAAAAUUCAAAUUGAUAAGACAAAGGAUAUCGUACCAGAAGGGUACAAGUUAGAAUUACAAAUACAGGAUGAAUCUGGAACUGGGACUGGAACAUUUGUUAUCGUGGGAUCGGUUGCUGAAUCUCUUUUCAGUGACAAUGCAUGGAUCUCAAAGUUUAUGCGAUAUAAUGCCAUGAUGAAAAAGAAAAGCCUGGCAGAAGAUGUAUCUGAAAUAUGA